GGGCAUGUUGCUCACUUUUUCAUUUUGCACGAUCUGCCCUUCCUCGUUUCCUCUGAGAUUUUGCAGCUCACACCGUUUAGGGAUGCCUCUUCUUGUGUAAGGACUCCUUCCUACCUCCAAUAAUGGACUCUGACUUAAUGCACAGUAUAUUGGGAAGCUAUCUUAAACCACCAGAAAGAGUGUUUGUUUCAUCCUUUAUCCAGAAUAAUGAAUCAUUUCAGACAGACCACUCGGUGAACUUAGAACUAAACUCUCCUAAAAUACUUCAUAGCCCAAAUAGACAAGCUCUUAUCUUAGCCUUAAAAAGUCUUCAGGAAAAAAUUCAUCGUUUAGAGUUAGAAAGAACACAAGCUGAAGAUAACUUGAACAUUCUUUCCAGAGAAGCAGCACAGUAUAAAAAGGCCUUGGAGAAUGAAACAAAUGAGAGAAAUCUGGCAUACCAGGAACUGAUAAAGCAGAAAAAAAAUAUAAGUGUACAAUUAAGCUCUGCCCAGUCUCGUUGUAUUCUUCUAGAGAAGCAACUAGAAUAUACAAAGAGAAUGGUUCUCAAUGUUGAACGAGAAAAAAACAUGAUCCUGGAACAACAGGCCCAGCUUCAAAGGGAAAAAGAACAAGAUCAAUUGAAGCUACAAGCAAAACUUGAAAAGCUGGAUAUCUUAGAAAAAGAAUGCUUUAAACUUACAACUACUCAGAAAACUGCAGAGGACAAGAUUAGAUAUUUAGAGGAAAAACUUACAGAAGAAGGACACCAGCGUAAGCUAAUUCAAGACAAAGCUGCUGAGCUUCAAACUGGACUUGAAGUCAACAGAAUUUUAAUGUCUUCUGCAUCAAAUCCAAAGAGAGCCAGUGGAAAGAGGAAAUCUUCAAAAAAAACUAAAUGUUUAAGGAGAGAGCCAAUGCAGCAAAUUUAUUCCAGGUUUGAACCACAACCUUUUGUGUCUGAAAAGUAUGCCUGUGGAAACCUACACUCUAUGAAUGCAAGAAUACAAAACCUCCUGCAGAACAUGCAACAUUAUCGCCCACGUACAAAUAGCCUUCCUGCACCCACAAACGUGACUGAGGCCAAAAAUCUCUCCAAACCAACCAGAACAGCUUCCCAAUGUACAUCUAUGUCUUGUGACUCAGAAAAGUUUACUUCCAUUUAUGACAACCUGUUUGAACUUUUGAUGGCAAUGCAAGAUGAGCUGAACCAAAUGAGUAUGGAGCAACAAGAACUAUGGAAACAAAUGAAGGAAACUAAAAGCCCUUCAGUAUGUGAAGACAUAGAAAGUAAACUGGAAUAUUUGAUUAAGAAAAUGGAAAUUAAAAGAGAACAAAUUUCCAAAUUGAAAGAUCAUCAAAAGAGUGUCCAGAAACUGCAGCAAAAAGUUCAAAAUUCAAUGAUGAUUGCAUCUUCGGAUCUUCAUCAAGAAGAUAGUAGCCCUAAAGGAUCAAGAAACAUUAAAAUUAGCCCCAGAAAAUGCUCAUUAACUAACUCUGUUCAGAAGAACUCUCAUCCAUUACGAGUCCAAAAUCUUCAAAUGAAAUUAAGAAAAGAUGAUAUCGUGUGGGAAUAGUAAAAAUAUUCACAAAUCUGUCACCUUACAGCUGCCAAUGUUGAAAUUCUUUCUCUCUUUUGAUACUUUGACUU